CUCAUGCUUCCAAAACUCCUUAACCGCUCGCUAACGGGCCCGAUCGCCGUCUUUCUCCCUCUCCUUUCGUAGGGUUUUUGUCGCCAUUGAUCUCUAGAGGAGCUCGCCUCCCCUGAGGAUGGAUGCGGACUCCGACGUUCCCCUCCCGAUGAAUAAGCUAUCCCUUCAUCUCCUUCACGAACCCGACGCCCCCUCCGCAUCCACUCCCAGGGAGCGCAUCUUUGUUGUUUUGGUGGCAUCAGGAAGUUUCAAUCCUCCAACUUAUAUGCACUUGCGCAUGUUUGAGUUAGCAAAAGAUGCGCUAAGAGAAGCAGGGUAUGUUGUACUGGGAGGCUAUAUGUCGCCCGUGAACGAUGCAUAUAAGAAAAAGGACCUUUUACCAGCCACGCAUCGAGUUCGGUUGUGUGAGCUUGCUUGCAGAAGCUCUUCCUUUGUGAUGGUAGAUCCGUGGGAGGCAAAGCAGAGCAGCUACCAGCGUACUUUGACGGUUUUAUCUAGAAUCCAAGAUUCGUUGUGCAAGAGUGGCAUAGUUAACCAAGCAGCACUACGUGUUAUGCUUUUAUGCGGCUCUGAUCUACUUGAAUCCUUUAGCAUUCCUGGAGUUUGGAUACCUGAUCAGGUCAAAACUAUAUGCUGGGACUUCGGCAUUGUAAGUAUACGCAGGGAAGGAAAGGAUGUUGAGAAAAUAGUAUCUAACAACGAAAUGUUGUGUGAAUAUAAGAGUAACAUCAUCUCAGUUGAUGAGAUAGUGCCCAACCAAAUCAGUUCAACAAGAUUGAGGGAAUGCAUAAGGAGAGGGUUAUCGGUGAAAUAUCUAACUCCCGAUGAAGUCAUUGACUACAUCAAAGAUCAACAACUGUAUUCGAAACAAACUGAAGAUUGGUAAUAUGCUAAGAUCGUUGUAAAAUAAAAGGAUCACUGAUGUAUCAAGAGGCGGCAGCGGCAGAAGCAGCAGCAACAACAACUAAAACAAGCAAAGUAAAGAGCAUGGUUACGAUUAUUUCUGGAACUUUUUCCUUCAAGCUCAUGAUACCAAAUUGGUGGCAAUGCCACUCAUAUUCCGAGCUAUUGUUUGCAUGAUUUUCUGUCCAAACUGAGAAAUUUUACCAAGAUGUUAUUAUAUAUAUCGAGAUACUUGUGUAUACAAACAAUUAUCACCAACUUUUGAAGCUUAGGCCUCUUAUAGUGACAUCUAAAGCCACUAAUUCAUUAUU